AUCAGAGAGAAAUUAAGAGAAAGAAAAAACAAUAGUUAUCAAUGGAGGCCAAGAAAAACACCAUUACCGUACUGAUGUUACCAUGGCUAGCACAUGGUCACAUAAGUCCAUUUCUAGAGUUAGCCAAAAAACUCACAAAUAAAAACUUUCACAUUUACAUGUGUUCCACUCCUGUGAACCUAAACUCCAUCAAGGAAAGUGUCACAGAGAAAUAUUCUCAGUUAAUAGAAUUAGUUGAGAUUCAUCUUCCAUCUUUGCCAAAUCUUCCUCCUCAUUACCACACCACGAAUGGCCUUCCAUCCCAUCUCAUGAACACUCUCAAAACAGCUUUUGAAAUGGCCGCUCCAAAAUUUUCCAAAAUAUUACAUACUCUAAAGCCGGAUUUGGUCAUUUAUGACUUCAAUCAGCCAUGGGCUGCUGAUUCUGCUUCCUCUAUGAACAUUCCUGCAGUGCUGCUCCUCACUUUUGGUGCAGCUGAUGUUUCUUUCGCAAUCCAAAUGUCCACAGAAGAGAAGUUCCCAUUUCCUGAAAUUUACCUGCGAGAAUACGAAAUGCUUUCAUUGAAGGAAGCUAUUACUGACGCACCAGGUAACAAGUUUGAAUUAGAGGAGGCCCUUAGGCGAUCGCGCGACAUUAUUCUGGUGAAAACUUGCAAAGAUUUUGAAGGGAAAUAUAUGGAUUAUCUUUCAACUUUGGUUUCCAAAAAAAUAGUCCCCGUUGGUUCACUAGUUCAAGAAUCCAUUGACCGAGAUGACCAUGAGGAAAUCACACAAUGGCUUGACAAGAAAGAAGAAUGUUCAAGUGUGUUUGUUUCAUUUGGGAGUGAGUAUUUUCUAUCUAAUGAGCAGAUACAUGCAGUCGCUCAAGGACUAGAGCUUAGCAAAGUGAAUUUCAUUUGGGUCAUUAGGUUUCCACAAGGUGAAAAAAUUAGUAUUCAAGAUGCAUUACCAGAAGGGUUUCUUGAAAGGGUAGGAGAAAGAGGAAUGGUUAUGGAUGGAUGGGCCCCUCAAGCAACAAUUCUUCAACACCCAUCAAUUGGUGGGUUCGUGAGUCACUGUGGAUGGAGUUCUUUCAUGGAAAGUAUGAAGUUUGGUGUGCCCAUAAUUGCCAUGCCCAUGCAUCUUGAUCAACCAAUGAAUGCUAGGCUUGUGGAAUAUAUCGAGAUGGGAGUGGAAGCAUUGAGGGAUGAGAAUGGAAAGUUACAAAGUGAAGAAAUUGCAAAGGUGAUAAGGAAAGUGGUAGCGGACGAAAGUGGGGAGGCUGUGAGGAAGAAAGUUAAGGAACUGAGUGAGAAGAUGAAUAUGAAAGGGGAUGAGGAGAUAGACGAAGUGGUGGAAGAGUUGGUGGCUCUUUGUAGCUACAAAUGAGCAAUAAUAUUUAAGUUAUAUCUGUGAUGAAUUUUUUACGCUAUCAGUGUAACUGGACUAUUAUAGCAAGUUAUUUAUCAUCCUUUUCAGGUACCAAGCGUUUUCUCUAGACAAUUACUUUUAUAGUUGGCACAAUUAACAUCAUAUCAAAAAUUAUUUUCACUAGGAAUGUAUAUAACUAAAAUCUCAC